AUGCGCCGGCGAUUAGGUGGCUGCCUUGAUCCCCCAAUGUCCAAUGCUCAUCCAUCGGCUACGUCCGAAGCAGCCAGCGAAGAAUUUGGAGAUCAAUCAGUUGCAUCCGAAGCCAUCAACGAGCAACCUGCUUCUGAUCCCUUUCGACCAACAAUCACCAUACAGAUGGGCGGGUAUUUAUUGACCUACAUAGGACCCAUCUUUCCUGAUCCAUCCCACAAUGUCUUACAGCCUCAAGAGUUGGAAGCCAGGAUAUUGGCUUUCAACAAGAAUACCAUCAUUUUGGGAUAUAUGCCUUAUAACAAGCAAUUAAAAAUCAAAAGCACUGAGCAGGUUGUAGUCUCAUUGGACCAAGCUCUACACUUGCUAGUCACCACAGAAGCCAGCCAGCAUGGUGAAAGUGAUGCACUUGCCGAUUCUCAUCAUGCCGGAGGUGGCCUUGAAAGAGCUAACAGCAAAUCAAAGGACCUUCAGCAUCAACAAAAUCAAGCUUACAGUUGUGAGGAUAUGCAUCUCAAAACCAACAACAAUCACAAAGACAGCUCAACUUCCAAUCCAACCAAUAAAGAGAUAUUGGAUGUGAUUGUAGGCAAUAAAGAUAAGGAUGCAUGUGGAAUCUGUUUGGGAAAAUUUAAGUCACCUACACAAGAUGCUGAGAAUCAGUGGUCCUUCUCCAAAGCUGCAAUGAUUAGGCAAUGCAAGCAUUACUUCCACCCUGAAUGUAUUAAAAAGUGGCUGGUAGAAUACAGAAAUGAUGGAUGUCCAAAUUGCCGUGUUACUCUAACUGUUGAGGCUCAAAAUUCCCCAUAG